AUGGAUCGUCGUGUGUUGAAUCUGAAACCUGAUGAAGUAGAAAGAGCGUUAGAAGAAUUAUUUGGUUUCAGUGAUGGAGCGAGAUCUGAAGAUGAAGCGGAGGAUUCCGAUGUAGAAGAUUUUUCUGGUAUUUUGUCGUCAAAUAACUAUGACCUAAUCAACACUAGGAUCUUUCCAGAACUAAGCCCUCGACCAACAUCAUCACCUCAACCAGGGCCCUCAAAUGAAAAUGUUAUGCAGCCACCCCCACCAAGAAGUUCGCGACACAGUCCUUUAUUUAUAGAACAUGAACUUCAAGAAGAUUUUGAUCCAUCAGAAAUUGAGGACUCAGAGUGA